AAUGAUUUUUUAGGAACUACGGUUAGGGGUUGACCGCGCAUGAAUACAAAAACUCCCUAAUGAGACCUAUUGGUCUACAACUCGACCACGAUUCCAUGACAACACAACAACAAAAUGGCGCUGGCUGGGAAACAAGAACAUCGCCAAGAUUGGCACCAAACAAGCACUGGUGUGGGCCACCACUACCGCCCAGGAUAUUAUUUCCCUGAUUCAACAUUUCAGUCGGUGAUUCGUGAUCCUUUGCCUCCAAACAUUGCCAAGUCCGAUGAAGUCCCAAAAGAUCAGGCCUACCCAACAACCACAGGAGACUUCCAUGAUUCCAAGUUUCUUGGUGGGCCGUACAAAAAUGAUAUCUACAAGAAGGCACCUGGUCAUUGGAAAGUCAACUAUGUGAAAGAUCAUAUUGAAAAGCUUGGCCAUGGCGGAUGGCGAAGACCACUGACCAUGGGCAACCAAACGAGUGAAACACAUGCCAAUUUCAAUGCAAGCUCAGGAAUAAAAGAUGAUUAUGAAUUUGAUCCCCGUCCUCAACCAUUUCAUCUCAAAAAUCAUCACAAUGAUGGACCAUCAAAGAGUAUCAUCCCCUCCACCGAAAAUGAUAAACUCAAGGGUCGUCCAUUCUACGUGCGAGACCAAGGGCUCCUCACAGAACUUGACCCAUACCUUAGCACGACACACAAGGACCAUAGAUCUUUCAAGAAGGACGAGCUAAAUAAAUACCCAAAGAAAGACAUUGCCACCUACUGGGAUUGUGAGGAGUACCCGAAGGCGUGGGGAUUUGGUGUGAAGGAAAAUCAUCUCCCAAAAGACACUGUUCCCAGGGAACCUUUACCAAUGAUUGAUCCUACCUGGUUUAAAACAAGAACAAAGAUCCCGCGUUUACCCAAUCGCAUGGUGCCCGUCCCUCAUAGUGGUCUGAAGUCAGAACAGAAUGAUAAAUAUCAACGACCAUCAGAUGUGAAACAGAAACAAAUCGAUUUUUGUCCAGUUGACACUCCUUGGGUACUGCCUGCCCCUGGUCCGUCAUCAGCUUUUAAGUCGCCACAGAUGUAUGCCACAGAGUACAUGAAUGUCGGCAGUCGGAAACCCGUCACUGUCUAAAUUGAUCAGUGAUGUGCUUCAUGCAUUAGACACUUGUUCUCAGCUUGCCUAUCCAAUGGAAAAAAACAGAAAAAUAGUUUCGGAACUUUUUCGGUUAGGUUUCAUUUCAUUUGAUCAGUCACAUGGACAUAUCGUGAUGGCUCUCCUUGUGAAGGUGUCAGUCACAUUGUACCUGAUCAUCCUUUUGGCCUCGGGCAAGCAUGGUGGUGUAGUGAAUAGAGUUUGGGACUGCUGAUCUGGAUGUUGUGGGUUCAAAUAUCGUCCGAGUCACAUUAAAAUUCUUCACUAGUAGAAAAAGGUGAAGUGAGUGCUUUUAGCUACAUUUGGUACUCCUUACUUCCGAGGAGACUUUUGGAUGACAAAGUGCUUCAUGCAAGGGUAAAUGGUGCAUGUCUCUGAGGUCAGUGGAUCACUUGGUUGAUGGAACUAUGAAGGAUACUCACAAUAUUUAAGCUUUCAUUCAAAGUCUGUAUAUCAAUGUCAUGUAGUUCUGUCCAUGCACUGCACGUGUAUGAAAUGUGCAUCAGUUCAGGUUUCACACAGGAGAAUGUUUCUUGUAUAUUUCUUGCCAUUGUGUACUGCUGGCAGAGGGUUUUUAACAAUUAUUUUGGCCGUGGUUUUUGACAUUUUAUCUUGAAAAACAAUUAGCUUAAAACCUGGUUGUAAUUAUGGUCCAUGACAAAUGAAGGAGGAAGGUUUAGACCCUAGUGUGUAUGAGUGGCGAUGUUCACCUUCAUGGUCUUGUCAUAGUGAAGACUUAUUCCGUCCGUGUGCAACUCAUACUGUGAUAUUGUAUUGUAAAUAUGUGUAUAUUAUGUACAGAUCAUAAUAAACUUUUAAGAAGCUAACUAUUCAACAGGACUGCAAAUUUCUGCACUGUACUUUUGGAACUUGCUGUUUCUAACUUUCCUUGUAAAGUGUCAAUCAUGCAAGUGUGAACACAAAUGUCACAAAAAUAAA